AUGAGGCCUGACCUGACUCCUCUGUUGUUUGCGGUGUGUUUCCUGGAUGUGUGGGAUCUCUCGCACGUGGAGGAGAUGCAGAGCCAGGAGCGGAUCUUCCUCAGCUCCCUCGGGCUAUCCGGGCAGCCCCGGGCCGCGGGGACCCACCUGCAGCCGCUGCAGGCCCGGAGCCACGUCCCCUCCGCGCUCUGGAGGAUGUUCCGGAGGUCCGAGAAGCUCCACACCCAAGAGAGCGAGCCCUGCACGGUGUCUGAGUACGGAGUCCGCGGCAACAUCAUCCGAUAUGUGCAGGACCAAGGCAGGCUGGUGUCAGGGUGGAGCAGCAGCUGUCAGGCCUGUGUGGAGAAACAGCUUUAUUUCAACAUGUCCGUCCUGCAGCCUGUGGAGUUGCUGUCUCUGGCUCAGCUGGAGGUCAACUUCCACUGGAAACCCGUCAGAUCUGCAGAGCUCCUGCAGGCUCCCCGGGCCCUCGGCGUGUCUCUGUACAAAGUCAUGAGAGCAACGUUGAGAGGGGCCGACCCACAGGCCAACCGCAGACUCCUGCUGUCCCAGUCCGUCCAGCUGCAGCCGGAACCCACCUCAGUCACUCUGGACCUCACCUCGCUGGCAGAGAACUGGCGCAAACCGGGACGCAACUACGGCUUGGUGUUGGAGCUGCUUCCCCUCAGCGCAGAGCCACAGGAUCUUCUUCCGUUUCACCCCGGUAACUCGCUCCCGCUGGAACCUGCCCUCAUCCUGCCGCUGAUCCAGGCCUCACUGGUCGCCGUGUCCCUCAACCCCCAGCAGUGUCGCUCCAGGCAGCGGAGAAGCGCCAUCCACCUCCCAGUGACCCCCAGCAACGUGUGCAAGGCCCGACGCCUCUACAUCGACUUCAAGGAUGUGGGCUGGCAGGACUGGAUCAUCGCUCCGCAGGGCUACAUGGCCAACUACUGCCACGGUGAGUGUCCGUUCCCGCUCAGCGAGAGCCUGAACGGCACCAACCACGCCAUCCUGCAGACGCUGGUGCACUCCCUGGACCCGCACGGCACGCCUCAGCCCUGCUGCGUCCCCAUCCGCCUCUCGCCCAUCUCCAUGCUCUACUACGACAACAACGACAACGUGGUUUUGCGGCAUUACCAGGACAUGGUGGUGGACGAGUGUGGGUGUCGAUGAACGGGACACUUCUGAUUGGCUUUUGCAAUUGAAACGUUAAUUUCCUGUGCAGGUUUUUAAUUUGAUUUAUUUCUGUUAUAUCAGUUGGAUGAUUGUUCAGAUCCUGCCUUCAAUGUAU